UAAUAAGAUUGUUUACCAGCUGGUACCGUGCAGAGCGGCUCAGCCUCUCUCCGAAAACCCCAGAUGGCCAAAACCAAGGCCGCAGUUAGCUAAGGAGGGCUGGUGUUUCCCCAGAGCCUCCUCCAGGGCUAGGAAGAUGCCACAGUGCCUGACUUCGGAAAGUGAGGAAGGGGGCGAAGAGAGGGAGGAAAGUAGUAGUUCUACAGAAGAUCUAGAAGAGCUAAAAGAACUCGUCACCCUGGCUUUUGUGAGAGAGAACACACAAAAGAGGCUUCAGAAUGCCCAGCAGCAUGGCAAGAAGAAGAGGAAGAGAAAAAGAUUGGUGAUCAAUCUAUCCAACUGCCGGUAUGACAGUGUGCGCAGGGCUGCCCAGCAGUAUGGCCUUCGAGAGGCCCGUGACAGUGAGGACUGGACUCUCUACUGGACCGACUACUCGGUGUCGCUCGAGCGCGUGAUGGAAAUGAAGAGUUACCAGAAAAUCAAUCAUUUUCCUGGCAUGAGUGAGAUCUGUCGCAAGGACUUGCUGGCCCGGAAUAUGAGUCGUAUGCUAAAGCUAUUUCCUAAGGACUUCCACUUCUUCCCUAGGACCUGGUGUCUUCCUGCUGACUGGGGAGAUUUGCAGACUUACAGCAGGUCAAGAAAAAAUAAGACAUAUAUUUGCAAACCGGACUCGGGCUGCCAAGGGAGAGGCAUAUUCAUCACCCGGACGGUGAAAGAGAUCAAGCCCGGGGAGGAUAUGAUCUGUCAGCUUUAUAUUUCAAAGCCCUUCAUCAUCGACGGGUUCAAGUUUGACUUGCGGGUCUACGUGCUGGUGACCUCCUGUGACCCUCUCAGGGUUUUUGUGUACAAUGAAGGACUGGCUCGCUUUGCCACUACCUCUUACUCCCACCCCAGCACAGACAACCUGGAUGAGAUUUGCAUGCACCUGACGAACUAUUCCAUCAACAAGCACAGUUCCAACUUUGUUCAAGACUCUCAUUCUGGCAGCAAGAGGAAACUCUCCACCUUCAACUUGUACAUGAAGACCCACGGCUAUGACGUCGAGCAGAUAUGGAGGGCCAUUGAGGAUGUCAUCAUCAAAACACUCAUCGCAGCUUACCCCGUCAUCAAGCACAACUACCACACCUGCUUCCCUAGCCACACGCUCAACAGUGCCUGCUUUGAAAUCCUGGGCUUUGACAUCUUGUUGGACCGCAAACUCAAACCCUGGCUGCUGGAGGUCAACCAUUCUCCAAGCUUCUCCACUGACUCCAAGCUGGAUAAAGAGGUGAAAGACAGUCUCCUCUAUGAUGCAUUGGUCCUCAUCAACCUGGGGAACUGUGACAAAAAGAAAGUCUUGGAGGAAGAGAGACAGCGGGGACGGUUCCUGCAGCAGUGCCCGUCUCGGGAGAUCAGGGCCCUAGAUGGCACCCAGCUUGGACAUGACCCUUCCAAGAAGACACAAGGGCAGCCCUGCAUUCACUUUCCCAACAGGAUGGAAGAGGUCAAGGGUUUCCAGGCAGUGCGGUUACAGAAAACCGAGGAAUACGAAAAGAAAAACUGUGGCGGGUUCCGGCUCAUCUACCCGGGUGUGAAUUUGGAGAAGUAUGAGAAGUUCUUCCAGGACAAUAGCUCCCUCUUCCAGAAUACUGUUGCUUCCCGAGCCCGAGAGCUGUAUGCCCGGCAACUGAUCCAGGAGCUGAAGCAGAAACAGGAAAAAAAAUCAUUCCUAAAGAAAGAAAAGAAGACAGAGAUGCCGGGCGAGUCUGUGGGUGAGCAGGCAAGAGACAGGAUCCUGAAAACCGGGCAACAGAGACAGCAGCAGAAGUGCAAGACAGCCAUCCAUCCCCCCAAACAAAGCUACCACCCAGUGGCUUUAGUAUCCUGCACACCUGGCCUGUUCUUGAACAUCAGAGGCAUAAGGAAAACUGAAACUGCCGGUAGCCUCCACCAGACGGACUCCAAGAAGGAGGCCACCCUCACUCCCUGCAAGCCCAUGUCAGCGAGGCAUUACAGUUCUGUCCCUGACCUGAGGAGUUCAAAUCCCACCAGCUCUGGGACAGAGCUCCGUAAAUGCAAUUCCACAAUCAAGGAAGUGAAGUCGGCCAAUUCAGUGAAUAUAGUCAGCAGUGGCCUGCCUUUAACACCUGUAGAAACUUCCCCAGAACCCACAGCCCAGCUCUCAACCUCUCUGGAAUCCCUGGCCAGCCUGAGCUUGACCUCCAGCCCUGAGUGCAGCAGUUCGGAGAGUGUCCAAACGGUCUCCUGGAAGGGCAAGCAGCAGAGGGCCCCCCAGAAGCUGGUCCAGGAGAAAAAAUCCAAACCUCCCAUGUCUUCCAAACUCAGGAGUUUGGACAUGAGUUUGACCCUGAUCAAGAACGAAGUGAGGCGGCAGCACCUGAUGUCGGAGAUUCUGCAGAAGGUUCAGAUGAAGAAGAGGCGCUCCUUGUUCCCGGCCCCCAAGUCACAAAACCUGUCCUUGCCCAAGGAGUGGUGCUCCCACAGCCACAGCUCUGGCAGGAAGAGAGAGAUGGAUGUGCCCUCCGUCCUCCUCCUGCAGGGUUCUCACAGCCAUGCCAAAUCUCUGAAUGACCUUCUGGUAGUUGCCACUCAGGCCCGGCUGGACCCUCGGCCUAGCAGAAGCCAUUCAGGUACUACAAGGGACCCAGGUACGACAAGGGACCCAGGUACGACAAGGGACCCAGGUACGACAAGGGACCCAGGUACUACAAGGGACCCAGGUACGACAAGGGACCCAGGUACUACAAGGGACCCAGGUACUACAAGGGACCCGCGCACACAGGGCCCGCAGCACACUGCCACUGCCUGACUCUGGUCAGAAAGGAUGUGAGAGCUCAGGAAAUGAUUUGUCUCCAGCCAGUAUCUUCAGAAUGGACUGGAAGAUUCAUUCCCUCAUCUAGAAAUUCUGGUCUGAUAACUAGGUCUCAUUGGCACCUUUGAGGACAGCGGCCUUUCGUGCUGUCCCUUAGUUCACAGUGCUGCCUAUGGGACCAGGACUUCUAGGGAUCGAGUGCUGCUCCCCUAGAACGGUUGCCUCAGCUGUGGAGCGCCUCUGGGUCCCUCACAUGAUGGCCACCGUCAUCCAGAACAUUCCCCCAGGCUAAGCAGCUCGAGGGAGGAGUGAGGGGAGGACUCCCAGUCUCCAGGAGUCCGGAGCCCUCAUUCUACCUGCUGGCCUGUGUUAGUCUGCCCUUCCCUCUAAAGAAAAGAAGGCAGAACUAGGACCGAGUGUGGUGGAAUUCUGAGUCUUGAUGGAAAGAAUCAGGACAGUUGCAAAUUCACCAGCAAAAGCGGUCAUUUCCUUCCAGCCGGCCCAAAGGCCUGCCACCUCGGGCCCCAGGCUGCCACUUGCUGCCACUUCCCCUUCAGUCUUGCUGGCAAAGACGGUAGCGUGAGAGUACCUAGCCUGCAGGGGAUGCUUCCAUUGACCUGCAGAAAUUAUAUAUCUUCCCUCAUGUUUACAUUAAUAAAAUAAAUUGCCAUGCUCGAUACUAGGAAGGAGCCUGGUCCAGAAUGGGAGGCGGGAUGGUAGUUCCCCUGGGCACCGCUCACUGAUCUACUGAAAUAUGCCAGGUGCUUUGGAAGACUUUGGGAUGGAUGAUCCACGGGAAGCCCUGUCCUUUUGUUAGGAUCCAAGAGCCUGGAAUGACCUUGUCUGCCGCAGAAUGGAGCCCCCCCCCCCCUUUCCUUUCAUCAAGCAGAGAAAGCUAGUUUCCAGGUGUAACAGCUCGUUCUACCUGCCAGCUCUCGCUGUGUUCUCUAGAAUGUGGCAUGAGGCCUUUGUCUCCUUUGCUCCUUCUGGGGUUGGAUUUAGGGGUGGGGGGAAGGGUUUUGUAGGGAAGUAUGGGGAGUCUAAGAGUGAGCACCACCUCACUGUGUUGGAUGUUUGUGGGAAUGGAUUUCCCACCUCAGCAAGGUCUGAGGCAUUUAACCCCACAGUCCUCUCCAAGGAAAGGACCUGAAUUAUCCAAGGUAUUGAAGUCUGUUAAUAAGGUAAAGCCAGGUUUGUUUUCCCUAACAGACAUUUUGGUUCCAGUACCCUUGCUUCUUGCUUCCGGAGCCACGGCCAGCUUCACGGCUGCUGUCUGGAAUCGGUGUAGUCACUCAGCGCCCCGUGCACAGAGGGACUCUGCCCGUGGUGCAGCUCUCUGCGGGCUCCAUCUUGAAAUGUGCAGUGAAUUCUGGACAGCGAGUCUUGUGCUGGCAUCUUGCGCUUGGCCGUCCUUGUUAUUUAGCAUGUGCUGUUCUGCCUAAAGUGCUAAAAACCUCUGGGUUCUCCAGUGAGAAGGGGAAACAGCAGGCUGUCUUCCUGACUCUGCCCAUCCAUAGGCUGUGGAGGGUGGUUAUCUGCUGAAUGCUAAUGGGUCAAGGGAGGAUAUGGGGGCGGGGGGAAUGGGGGCAGAGGAGGCCUU